UCUCGGAGGAUCGUUCCCCGGCUACCUGUAACCUCCAAGACGCGUGCACCAUGAGGAUUAUAUCUUUGGUAAUCCCAUUAUGCCUUCUGCUGCUGACAGAAGCAAAACGAGUGGAGAUCCGGCCUCGUAUAGCCGAACCGCAAGUUUACUACGAAGAAGACAGCCAAGCAGCUGAGGACGAUUACAGCCCAGCAAUCUACCAGCCACGUACACGUGCACUUCCUUCGCCACGUUCGAAGGAGGCUCUGCACUCAUCCAAGCCACCACCAGUCCAGACUAUUCGCAAUUACAACAAGGUCAACGACGACGGAUCUUUCACUUUCGGCUACGAGGCAGCGGACGGCUCGUUCAAGGAGGAAACUCGUGGAACCGAUUGCGUAGUACGCGGUAAAUACGGCUACAUCGAUCCCGAUGGAAACAAAAGAGAGUUCACCUACGUAUCCGGCAAUCCUUGCGACCCGAAUGCGCCAAAGGAAGACGAGGACGAUCUAGCGGACAAACAAGAAGACGACGAUCUCUCCGGACCAGCAAACUAUCCUUCGGUAAGGCCAGUACCGAGACCAGUCCAAUCCAGGCCAGUUUAUCAACAACCGACUACAAGAGCACCCACGACGAUCUUCCAAACGCAGUAUCAACUGGACGACGACGCGAGUCAAGAACUAGGCGAAGAGGACCUCGUGAAACCGUCGCAAUUGAGACCAAAUGUCUACAGAACGGCUCAACAACCGAACUACGUUCAAGUAACACCAUCGUCGGCUCUCUACGAGCCAUCGCCCACUGCCAGCCCUGGUCUCUACAGAUUAGCCUCCUCUACGACGCAGUAUCAAACAACAUCAUCACCUGUUCCUCGUAGCCAACCUACGGUCUCUGCGUCAGCCUAUCAGGCCCUCGAAACGACGACCCGUCGCCCUGUCACGCGUCACCCGAAGCCUCAAUCGGUCGCAAUCACUCCCAGACCCCACGUUGCACAAGUAGCUGCCCAGUACGUGUCCCCAAGUAGCACCGAGCAAUCACCGUUAGCGUACACCCGUCCCUCGGCAGUCACUGCACCACCCAAUCUACGGAGCACUACGGUAUCUAGCGCAUCUCACCUUGACUUUGCCGCCGAGCUCGAGCGUUACGUGAACACAGUCGGCGUGGCAAGUCCCAAGCCCGUCCAAUCGUCGCCCCAAUCAUCGAAACUAAAAUUGGCAAGUCAACUGCCUAUCGCCGCCUCCGCCGCAGAUCCCAUCUACCAGUCGGAGCUCGUUUACGAUCCCUCUACCGGUCAGUACAAUACCCAACUAUAUCAAACACUACCCCAAACCGUGGGUGACUUCACCCUAAGUCACAAACUCCAACCGUUCGUAGCCCAGCCCCAGUCCUAUCUUGGACUGCAGCAGCUUCAGCAGCUUCAGCCCCAGCAGCCCCAGCGUCAGUCCCCGCUUUAUAAGCAACCUGCGACCCAGUCGGCCCAAUCCGCCCCUGCAGUCGGUCAGCAACCCCAGGAAGUUCUGUACAGGAAGCAGCAAGCACAAUUGUUGCAGCAGUCUCAACAGCUGUACGCUCAGCAGCAAAGACGUCAACAACAGCAGCAGCAACAGCCGCAGCAACAACCACCGCAGGGACAUAGGCUUCAACUGCUCGAGUCACAGACGCAACCACAGUCUUUCUACUACGUGGCACCUUCAAGGUCCUCGAACGCCGCCAGUCCACCACUUUCCGUAGGUCAGAUCGAUCACUAUCUUCGAGCCAGCGGAGCUCGUUACUGAUCCCAUCUAGCCCGCGAGUCUUUUCUCGAUGUACGAAAUUUAUAUUAGAGAACUCCUUUCGAUAUCUUUUCCUACCACCCGAUCGUUGUGUUUUCGAACCA